AUGGACAAGGUUCGAGAUGUAGUGAGGAACUGGGGUUUGAAAGAAGGAGUUUCAAUGAAGUCGUUAAGCAAGGGAUUCAUUAUCUUCAGAUUUCACAACGCAGAGGACAUGACAUGCAUCUGGAGAAGAAGUCCUAUUCGCGUGGAUGGACAAACCCUGAGGUUCCAGCAGUGGAGAAAAGACUUCAUGGUUGAUGAUCAGGCUAUCACAAACAGAUUAACCUGGAUUCGUUUUCCAGGCUUGCCGCAAGAAUACUGGCAUGAGGAUAUUAUUCUAUUGAUCGCAAAGGCGGUGGGGAGGCCGAUCGCCAUUGACAGAAGAACUAAGAAUUUGCACUUUGGGCAUUAUGCGAGAGUGUGUGUGGAUGUAGAUGACUCUGUGCCUCAGGUCGAGGAAGUUUAUGUUGAACGGGAACAGGAGGGGUCCAUGGAGAUGUAUGUCUUCAAGCAGAAAGUUGUGUUUGAGGAUCCGUCAACUCGAUGUCAUCGAUGUCAUCGGUAUGGGGAUCGAGAGGAACAUUGCAGAAGCCGCGAGAUGGAGCAUGAUGAUGGCAUGCCUGAUGCCAUUAAUGACGAGAGGCAAGGCCAGUGCAUUUCACACCAACAGGAGUGGCGUCCUAGAGAAUCAUCGGCGGCAGUCGAGGGUGUUUCAGGGAGCUCGCCGGCAGGGGUCAGGGCGGUGGGGGAAGCAAAGUUGGUUUUGGACUCUAAUAAGGAAACAAUGAUGCAGGCUACGGAUUUGGUGCAAACUGUUGUGGUUUUGGCAGCUGGGAAGGAGAAUUUUCAGGGAGUUCAACCUAGCAUGCCUACUUCGGCAUCACGUUCAAACACGGUGGUAGUUGAGACCACCGUGCAUGGUGGUUCAGAUGUGCAUGGUGGUUCAGAUGGGAUUAGUUUGAGAGUAGAUUCUACUCCCCGAUCUAGUUCUUUGGACCAGGCUAAGGCUUCACAUGAUGUGAACCGGCCCACUCCUAUUCAAAUUGAAUGUCGCGACAAUGGUAGGACAGCUGUGGUAGUUCAUGUAGAUCAUUCACAAGAGGAUAAAAGUGAAGGAACAGAACUUUUCUUGGAGGCCCCACGCAGGUGCCAAGUAAGGGAAAGACAUAUUGAACAGGGCAAUAUCAUCAUAGGCGCACGACGUAGAGGGAAAGGUGCACUUGAAGCCAACUCUGUUGUAUCUCAGAGCCAGGAAAAUUCUAAAGAGUUCUGA